AUGAUCGUGCCGGACCCUCCUGCUGCUCCCUCCUCCUUCCUGCUCAAGACGCAAGAGGAGGAGGAGGAGGAGGAGGUUCCCCUAUCGCAUCUCUUGUGGACGGGGAGUGGACUUUGCUCAUGCCCGAGGGCGAUGGAGGGCGCGUUGGACCCGACGUACAUCCUUCCCGUCCUGCUCGUCGCCCUCUCGUCGGGGCCGCAUGACGUGCAGAUGGCGAUCGAAGGGGGAGGACUGGCGUACGCGGUGAUGGCGACGGCGGCAGAGGAGGAGAGGGUGAGGAGGAUGGGGUAUGCGGUGCUGGAGAGCGCGUUGGAGGUUGUGGAGGAGACUAGGAAGAAGAGCUCAGGGCUCUCGCGCGACUGGACGUCCCUGGGGAUCCUCUUGCGAUCGCUACGAGAUGCUAUAACCCAGCCUCUUCAGAAACUGCCUGUCAUCGUGACUUGCUUUGUGGCUGAGAGCAUCCCCAUCGUUCUUCGCCCUGCGCAUCCUCUCUUCCAGCCAGUCACAAGCUUCCUCCUCCAGCGUCCCUUCCUCGACCUCAACGAGAUUCCCAUGCUCUAUCAGUGGGGGAGCCUCGUGGAGGACGGAACGGGACUGGUGUAUCCGCAUGCUCAAGCAUGCACCGCGCUCCGAACAUGA